CCUUUUUCUGUGUUUAAGCUUUUCUUCUUCUCUUUUUUUUAUUCUUAAUUAUUAUCCUCCCCACUUUCCUCGCUUCCCAUUUUCUCUUUCGAAUUUCUGCGCACGAUUUAUCGCCGGCAGGCAUCACGGUCCGAUCAGUUCACCGCAUUCCGGCGAUCUUGCUUGGAUACUCGCCUUUCUGAUCAAUCAACGGUGAAAUUCGAAUCGUUCGAUUUGUAAAUGAACGGUACAAUUCUUGUUCUUCCUUAAUACUCUUCUUAGAUCCAUCGCCGUUUGAUUGAAAGGAAGGGGAAGGAGGGGGAUUUUGAUUCAGAUUUGGCAGGGUUGUUGAUUCCUUCCAUGCAUGCGGAUCCUUUAAGCGUCUCAAUCGCCGCCACUGGAUCGCGAGCUGAUCGUUGCCUAAUCCCUAGCUCGAUUAGUCGACAACGGAAACAUAGUCUGUUUGGAAAAUCAGGGUUUAAGUUUUGUUUCCUCGAUGUUCAAGAAAAUUAUGAAAGGAGGGCACAAGAAGCCCUCCAAAUCCGAGGCCAAUGAUUCUUCUUUGUUCGGAUACGGUAAUCCUGGCCCCGGUACUGGAGCCAAUGUGGUCGUAAACCACGCGUCCCGGCCUGGUCCUUCCCCCCCGGGACCUGAUUCUAUAGUUGCCUUGGUCCUCGCUCCUACGGGCACCGUGGAGCUCCUUCCCUCGUUUAGGGACGUUCCUGUGUCAGAGAGACAAACUCUGUUUAUGAGGAAACUGCAGAUUUGUUGCUUUCAAUUCGAUUUCUCCGAUACCUUGAAAUCUGUCCGCGAGAAGGAAGUCAAGCGGCAGACUUUGUUGGAGAUUGUAGACUUCAUACAAUCUGGGUCGGGGAAGAUUACAGAGGUGUGCCAAGAAGGGAUGAUUAAAAUGGUUGGGGUAAACAUCUUCAGGUGUCUGCCUCCUGCUUCACACGAAAACACGGGUCAGGAGCCUACUGAUCCUGAGGAGGAGGAGCCAUAUUUGGAGCCCUCUUGGUCCCAUUUGCAGCUGGUUUAUGAACUACUGUUGAGAUAUGUGGUGUCCUCAGAUACAGACACCAAGGUUGCAAAGAGAUACAUCGAUCAUUCAUUUGUGUUGAAACUACUUGAUUUGUUUGAUUCUGAGGAUCAUAGAGAGCGGGAGUAUUUGAAGACAAUUCUGCAUAGGAUUUAUGGGAAGUUCAUGGUGCAUCGUCCAUUUAUUAGGAAGGCCAUAAACAACAUAUUCUAUCGAUUUAUAUAUGAGACGGAGAGGCACAGUGGUAUUGGAGAGCUUUUGGAGAUUCUUGGUAGUAUUAUAAAUGGGUUUGCGCUGCCUAUGAAGGAGGAGCAUAAGCUAUUUCUUGCUCGGGCACUGUUACCGCUGCAUAAGCCAAAACCAAUAGCUUUGUACCAUCAGCAGCUGUCUUACUGUAUCACACAGUUUGUGGAGAAGGAUUUCAAACUGGCUGAUACUGUUAUUAGGGGAUUGUUAAAGUAUUGGCCUUUAACCAACUGCCAAAAGGAAGUUCUCUUCCUUGGAGAACUCGAGGAAGUGCUAGAAGCUACGCAGUCUGCAGAGUUUCAACGCUGCAUGGUUUCUCUUUUCAGACAGAUUGCCCGCUGUCUCAAUAGCUCUCAUUUUCAGUUAUUUCUAAAGUUUAUGCAUUGACAGUCCAUUCAAAUUAAGCAUCGACAAAUGUACUAAAAUGAAUGAAUGAAGGAAUGAAUAAAAUAAAAAUGUUUAAGUCACCAUUCUCUACCUGUUUCUUGACUGGCUUAUUGCCAUUUGAACCAUGUGAUAUUAUAUGGUACUAAUUCUUAAUGAUUCAGUUUCAUUAAUUUUGGAUUUAUGCAUUACAGUUUCUUCUCAACCAAUGUUUGUUACAAGCAAUGUUUAGUGGUUUUUAGUUAUUGGCUUAUGUACUAGAUGGAUGCAAUAUAUUUUUUAGCAACCUCUCCAGUCUCUUGAUUCUUUGUAUUCUAGCCACCACAUGUCACACGGUUCGUUCAUAAUCAAUCUCCUGUCAUUUAGCUUUGAUCAUCUAUUUGUCAGUUUGUGUAUUAGUUUCUUUUCUUUGAUCUUUUAGCUGAGAUGUUCCCUUGGUACCAGUCAGCUUGUUUUGUGGUUUUAAGUGUUCUUCAUUUGGCAGAAAUUUGUUCAUUGGAAAAUAUUUAGACAUUUGUUGGUAAAGUUCAUGCUCUCAGAGGAAUUCUUUUAAUAAUUAAUCUUUUUUCCAAGGUGCAAUUUGCCAGGAGAGAUUAUCAAAGUGGCAUACCUUAUUAACAUUGGUGUUGCAAAAUGUUACUUAAUGUUGAAUUUGAAGCUUCUAGUGAGUUAUAGGUGAAAGGUGUUAUUAUAAUCUGCAUAAAUGCAAGCUGUUAUGUGUUACUACAUGUACUUAUCUAAUGUAUGGCUUGAGGUAAAUAUAGUUGGAUAUUGGUU